UCAGCCUCGCGGGGACGCGUUUCGGCCGUUCACUCCCAAUUUACGCAGCAGCUGAAGUCAAACGCACCUCCCCGGGGCCGACGUCCCCUUCCUCGACGAGGAGCAGCGGGGUGGCUCACGGCCGGUAGGGAUUUCCAGGAGCUGAUUGGGAAAGGGGCGAGCGGGGGGGGACCUGUGGGGUACCGGUGGGGUACGGCCAGCCCCCACCUGUCCAUCUGUCCUCGCGUCCGUCCCCGGAGCCCCCCCCCCCGUUCCUGCCCCUUUCCUCCACCCUCCGGUCCCUGGGUGGGACGCGGGCGGAGCCGCUCCGCGUUGCCCGGGGCGGGGGGGUCCGGUCGUGGUGGGGAGGUCCGGGGACAGGACGGGCAGGACCGCCCCGUCUGGGCAGCGCUGCGCGGAGGAAAGCGGCGCUCCCGGGGUUCAGCGCUCGAUCCCGGGUCGAAGCGGAGGUGAGCGCGGCUUCUCCAGCGCUGCCCAGCGCCCUCCGGUUCUCCGUUCCGGCCCCACCAUGCCCUCCUACCCGCAGCGGACCCUGACGGUGCUCCUGCUCUUCGGCACGCUGUCCGCCGCCAUGGCCCUGCUCGCUUCCAGCCUCAUCUUCCAGCUGCCGGCGGGUCGGACCGCUCUCGGAAGCGGUCCCGGUGCCGUUCGAGGAGCGCUGCCGGAAUCCGCGGCCGCCGUUUUGCUGCCGGUGUCGGCUGUGCUGGCCGCGCUCUGCCUCGUGCUCAACGUGAGCUGCCUCCUCCUCUGCCUCCUCCACGGCUACUUCAGCACGGAGCUGUGCCGGGGGCAGCCCGGGCCCGAGCGGGCAGACUGGUUCCUCCUGGACAGCCGGACAGUUCGCCACGCGGCCAUCGGCUUGUUCUGCUGCGGGGUCUCAGUCUAUCUGACAGCUCUUGCCAUCUACAUGCUGCUGCUGUUUGAACUCGAGGCUGGCAUCGCCAGCGCCUGCAUCCUCUCCUCUGGCAUCAUCGUGCUGUUGGUGACGGUGACGCACGCCCUGGUCCGCGCCUCCCAGCUGUCACGCCGCAGCCACUCCGAGAUCUCUCACACUCUGUAUGAGAACGACUCUGCCCAGCACAGCGAAACUCCCGUCAGCAAUCUGAACAACAAGAGCAUCCCUGUGCCCCGGCCCCGGCCUGAGAUCCAUCGGGAAUUCUCCUUCCCUCCGUUCCUGGAGCGCAAAUCUCAGCUGGGCUCUCCGGCCAGCAGCAAUCUCACCUCCUCGGGCAGCCCUGGGGCACACUCAGAGAAGGAGAGCUACCACCUGCCCCGCACGCACAGGACGCUGUCAGCAGAGUCAGCCUUGCUGCAGGCACAGGGCAAGCCCUGGAACGGCGUCACCCAGGAGAUGAGGAAUGUGCUGGCACGCAAACCUGGAGCCUCGGGCAAGGACUCGACCCUGGUGUGAGUGGAAUGUCCAUCUCAUCACAGCAGAACUGCAGGAGCCAUAGCCAAGAUCUGCAUCUCUGUUUAGAGCUUAAUAUAGGUCACGUCACAGCCCAAGUGUCAGCGAUCCCUCAUGAGGUCGGGAUGGCUGAUUUUCCACCCUCUGCCCUCCUGCUCUGAGGAUGCUGCAUGGGCCACAGCAAUAGGUUUUCUUUGCUGAG